AUGUCCUCAACUCUGGUCUUCCAAGGAACAAUCAUUCACUCUCUCGAUCCCGAAAAACUCGAAAUCUUGGAGGAUGCGACACUCACAGUCCACGACGGUCGCAUCACCAACCUGUACAAGUGCACCGAUGAGAUACCACAAGAUGCCAUCCCUCCGGCAGCCAAGCUCCAUAAACUUCCAUUUGGAGACUUUUUGAUUCCGGGCUUCGUUGACGUACACAACCAUGCUCCUCAAUGGCCGAUGCGUGGUCUCGGCCAAGGUCUUCAUAUCCUAGAUUGGCUCAACGACGUCACUUUUCCCUUUGAGGCACGCUUUGCCGACCAAGACUACGCAUCUAGCAUGUAUGAGUAUACUGUACAAAACUUUUUACGUCACGGAAUCACUACGGCAUCAUACUAUGGGUCGCGACAUGCAGAAGCAACACGAAUCCUAGCGAAUAUAUGCCAUGAAAACGGCCAGCGCGCCUUGGUGGGGAAAUGCAACAUGGACAGGAAUGCACCAGACUACAUCUGUGAAGAGAAUGCAUCUACAUCCCUUCGUGAGACUGAAGAGUGCAUCAGCCAUAUCCGAGCCUUGAGUGGGAAUGAGGAUGCUCUAGUAACACCUGUUGUGACGCCCAGGUUUGCCAUCUGCUGCACAUCUGAGCUACUCCAGGGUCUGGGCAAUAUGAUUCGGGACGACGAUACCUUGGCAAUGCAGACACACUUCAACGAAGCUCAGCAAGAAAUAGACGCAACCAAGGCGCUUUUCCCAGAGUUUGGCGGGAGCGAGGCGGACCUAUACGAAAGCUACGGGUUGCUUAACCGCAGAGCUAUCCUCGCCCACUGUACUAUUAUGAGCGAUUACGAAAAGGAGAGGAUCAAAACACUACAAAGGGACUUUUUGCGUCGCGGCAUCAAGGUCGGUCUGGGGACUGAUAGUGGUGGUGGGUGGGCAUCUCAGAUGCUCGCUGUCAUACGCCAGGCAAUGAUAGCAUCAAAUGCACAAGAGGUCUUAUCCAAGGGUAAGGAUAAGGCACUAUCAUUAGAAGAAGUAUUCUACCUUGCGACAAUGGGUGGUGCGAGGGUCCUCUGUCUAGAGGAAAGAAUAGGCAACUUUGAGGUCGGUAAAGAACUUGAUGCUGUCUGGGUGACGACAACGAUGGGGCUACAGUCGGCCAUGGUCCCGCGAGAUACCCAAGACUCUCCGAGAGGAAGGUUUGAGAAGUUUAUUAUGACGGGCGAUGAUCGGAAUAUAGCUCAUGUGUAUGUCAGAGGUCGACGAGUAGCUGGAUGUAAAUGA